CGGCGCGAGCAACCUAUAGUACUAUGGCGGACGAGACCCACAGCCAUGAGCGCCCCGAACGCGUGCGCCCGCGCCGCCUGGAGCCAGACACGACUGCAUACCUCCUCGAGGUCAAGACGUCGCUGCUCGAGAGCCUCGGUGACGACGGCGACGACACCAAGUCGAUCCUGCUCUGGAACGUCCUCGAGGAGCUGGCGCCGCGUAUCGCGAGCGCGGCCUCGGACCGCCACGCGUGCGAGAUCGUUGAAGUGCUGGUAGAGCACAUGUCGCCGCGCCAGCUGAGCUUCUUCGUGCACAAGAUGGAGGGCUACUACAGCCAUCUCUGGACGAACCGGUACUCGUCGCACGUGCUCCAGCGCAUCCUGUCCAAGGUCGGUGCCAUCGUGCAGGCCGAAGUCGACGGGUCGCUCGAGACCACCGAGGACGACGACGAACGCUCCAAGAACGUGCCGACGAUGGCGACGCUCAUCGUGGCCAUGUGCACCGAGGUCAAGGACGAGUGGAUCACGCUCGUCGACGACGUCAGCGCGUCGCACGUGCUGCGUGGCGUCCUCUGCGCGCUCGCGGGCCGCGCGCCCGUCGCCGAGAAGCGCGGCAAGAAGGGCAAGCACGGCGCCGUCAAGUUUGAGAACCUCCCGAAGAAGAGCGACGACGAAAAGCUCAACGCCGUCCAGUACACGGUGCCGGCGACGUUUACGUCGACACUCACCGACAUUGUCGAGGUCAUGAUGGACGCGCCCGACCACAAGCUCGCGGAGCUCAUGUUCGACCACCACGCGGGCCCGUUCCUCUCGAUCGCGGUCCGCGUCUGCCCCGAUGCGCUGCGGCAGGAUCUCGUCUUCCGCCUCCUCAACUGGGACGACGAAGAGUCGUCGAAGAAGCGCUUUUAUGACUACGCCGGCGACACGGUCGCGAGCCACUUUCUCGAAGCGCUGUGCCAAACGGCGUCCGAAGACCUCUGGACGAGCGUGUUUGAUCGCUGCAUGCAGAGCCGGCUGCUCGAGUUCUCCGAGCACGCGAUCUCCAACUAUGUGGUGCAGAACUUCAUCUCGCACGUGCCGACGGCUGCGUACGCCGAGAUUGUCCUCGACGAAAUGAAAGAUGCACUCUGGACGCUGCUCUCGAUGCACCGCCCGGGUGUCAUCUGGCGUCUCGCCGAGUGCUGCGUGCGCUUCAAGCUCCACUUCGAGCGCUUCUUCAACUCGCUCACGGCCGCAGUCGCCAAGCAGGAGAGCAAGAAGCCCGCGGCGGUACAGAAGGACGUGGUGCCGGCGCUGAUUGCGCUCGAACUCUCCAACUCGCAGAACGCCAAGCUCUCGCUCAACGUGGCUGGCGCGCGCAUCGUCGAGACGCUGUUGCAGUUUCCCGCGAGCAUCACGGCGCCGCUGGUUAAGAGCAUCCUCGGCUUGAACGCGCUGCAGCUCGUCGCGCUCUCCAAGGACUCUGUCGGCAGCCGCUGCCUCGUGGAACCCAUCUGGAACAGCGAGAACGACGAGGCCAAGAUCGAGCUCUUCAACAAGUUCAAGGGCCAGUUUGGCACGCUUGCGAUGGACCGCAACGGCGCCUUCUCGGUCAUCAAGUGCUUCAACACCAUGUCGCUCGAGUACAAGACGAUGAUCGCGGAAGAGCUGUCGUUCAUGGACGCCAAGCUCGUCGGCAACCACUUCGCGUCCAUGGUCCUCACCAACUGCAACGUGCAUGAGUUCAAGACGAACGAGGAAAAGUGGCGGUCGACUUACGAGCGCAAGCGCAAGGUCAAGGAGCUCUUCUCGGACCUCGUCGACGAGACGUCCUCCACCAAGAAGGACAAGAAGCAAAAGAAGGACAAGAAGGCAGCCAAGAAGGCCGUCCAGGAGACGACGGAACCCAAGGCCAAGAAAGCCAAGAAAGCCAAGAAGUCCACCUAA